AUGUCUACUCGAUCGAACCAACCCUUGCACGGCUGGUGUGGACGUCGGAGUAAGAAUUCACUUAAUCGAAUCCGAAUACCUUCAUUAUCUCCCUUGAUUCAAGCCAACACGCCGUACAGAAAACCCCCAAGUCGCCCCCGUUACCUCCUGCCCAACGGGGUUCUUCAACAUCCGAAUCCCGAAACCACCGGCAACGACGAACCUAGAGUUGAGCGAGGCGUCGGGGGCCUUAAAUGGCUUCUUGUUAUUCUAGCAGUCUUAUCUUCAACCUUCCUGUACGCGCUCGACAACACCGUCACAGCAAGCGUACGGCCCAGCAUGAUUGAAACCUUCGGAAACCGGGUUGACAUGCCAUGCUUCCAUGGCUUUCCGCCUCGUACCCUAUGGGAGAAGGGUACGCUCUAUAAGCUUUUUAACAACAAGCUUCUGUACUUAAUUGCGGUUCUCAUAUUCGAGAUCGGCUCCGCGGUCAUCGGCUCCGCACGGUCGAUCGAGGCUGUUAUCGCCGGUCGAGCCGUUGCCAGCAGCGGCGGAUCUGGAAUUUACGUCGGCACUAUAAACAUCAUCUCGGAUAUGACCGCGGAGGCCGAAAGGGCAGUGAACUUGAACCAUGUCGGUAUGUGCUGGUGUCUUGGGACUAUUCUCGGCCCCGUUAUUGGCGGUGCAUUCGCCGACUCGUCGGCUACUUGGCGAUGGGCCUUUUACAUCAACAUCUGCAUCGCUGCCGUUGCCGUUGCCGCACCGGCGUGUAUUUUUCUCGUCCCCUCAUCUCCUCCUCGCGCUGCGGGAUCAUCCCUAUGGACCCGAGUUAAGCGCAUAGAUUACAUCGGAGCGACCCUGUUCCUUCGAGGCACCCUCACUAUUAUCAUGGUACUUAGUUUCGGCGGAGCCUUGUAUAGCUGGACGAGCGGCCAAAUGAUCGGCUUAUAUGUAGCAACGGCAGUUAUCUGGUCGACCUUUGGCAUCCAGCAGUGUUGGAACCUGUUAACCGUCGACCGAAUCUUUCCGGUCCAAUUUUUCAGCGAUUGGGCGAUGGCUAUAUUCUUCUGUUGCGGCUCACUCGCGAUCGCAAAUGUUGUGAUGACUGUCUAUUCACUACCCCUUUUAUUCCAAUUUGUUUAUGGCGAUACAGCCUUGGGCUCAGCAGCUUACACAAUUCCCUUCGUCGCCUCCACCGUCGUUUUUGGCGGCGCCGCCGGUCCUCUUUUUAAUAGAUACCCGGUAUACAUGCCCUGGUUUACUGACGGGGCUGCACUUAUGCUCAUCGGCAACGGCUUAUUGACAACUAUUGGUUAUGCUGUCUCCCGAGGAGCCGUUUGCGGAUAUACUGUUAUUCAAGGUGCAGGCUGUGGACCAGUCACGCAGCUCGGUUAUACUGUAGCUCAGAUCAAGGCUCGCCGUGCCGAUCCGAAUUCACUCCCUGAUGUUACAGGCUUCAUGAGUUGCUCUCAAAUGGCCGGACUCGCACUAUCUCUUGGUAUUGCUACGACAAUAUUUCUUAACGGCACCACUAGAGAUAUCGCUAUAAUCCUUCCGGGCGUGCCACGUUCAGUCAUUCAGGCAACUAUUGAUGGCGCCGGGACGUCUCUAGUCCAGGGUCUUAGCCCAGAACUUCAACUCCGUGUUCUAGAGGCUAUUGCCAACAACGUAGCUACGGUAUUUUACAUGAAUAUUGCUGGAGCGGGACUAGGUCUCAUUCUGUCACUUUUUUUGAAGCGCGAGAAAUUGCAACUUGGUUUACCCGGUCGGUAA